AUGGAGGUAGAACGAGCGAGGCUUCGCAGGAACAGCGUCCUCAUCGACGCCUUCGCCCCCUUCGGCUCACUCUCCCUCCUCGUUCCCUCUGAUUCAUCAAUUGCCGACCUCCCCUCGCUCAUUCACGACCGAUAUCCUUCGUUCCCCGUCUCUCUGAGUCACGCGCUAGUACUUUCAACACAUGCAGGCCAUGUCCCACCACCCGACUCGCUGGUCUCGGAUGUCAAGAGAUCAGGGAAGGAGAAUGAGUUGGUAACGCUACGGUUGACGCCAAGGGUCCUUGGCGGGAAGGGAGGCUUCGGGAGUCAGCUGAGGGCCGCUGGUGGCCGGAUGAGCAGCCAGAAGACGAGCAACAACGAUUCAUGUCGGGAUCUCAGCGGACGGCGGCUAAGUACUAUCAAGGAGGCGAAGAGGCUUGCAGAGUACAUAGAGCACGAGCCCGACCGCCUCGCCGCCAAAGCCGAGGCUGCAAAGGCCAAGCUCGAGGCCCUCGAACGCAAAGUAGGGAAACGCGCUGCCGACGGAGAGCCCUCUGACUCGCUCGCGACUAAGAAGCAGCGCUUUGACGACACGGAGUACCUCGAGAAGACUGAGGAGCUCAAGGAGGGCGUGAAGAGCGCCGUGUCGGCGGCCUUGUUGCUGAAGAAGAAGAAAAAGAAGGCAGCGUCACCGGAUGGGGAGGGGUCGAAGGAGGCAGCAAAGGAGAAAGGCAAGAGGAAGGAGAAAGAUGAGAAGAAGGCACAGACGAGUGCCGCCCUACUCAGUGCCCAACCGCUGGAUCCUAUCGUUCCUCAAGCAGUGGCUCUUGAUGCUGUUGGUGCAUGA